CGGACGAACGGCGUAGGUCGGUCGGUCGUUGGAGCCGCGUACGAAACAGUCCACCGUGUCUGCGAAAAACGGCCGGAUGCUCCAAACCGGUAGUCUGGAAGUAGUUUAGUAGUCGCUUUCGCUGCAACCCGCAUGGGUAGAACGGACGGUCGCAAACAGUCGGCGAACGAGUCAGUCGCGUUGAUCUUGUGAAUAAAUGUCCAAGUGAAGCUAACUAACUUGAAACUUGAAAUUAAAUUGUUGAUGUUUUACAAAACUAGAACUCAAGUUUGUGCAAAUCUUGCAAUUGGCAAUGAAGGAGUGAAGAUAGUUCGUCAACUGCACUAAAACUGCAUCGUGAAUGCACAGCUGAUACCUAGAAGGUCAUGGUUUGAAAGAACCCAAUCCAAAUGAAAUCAGAAUUUCAAGACAUACAUACAAGUGAAGUUUGUGAAGUGAGUGAGUGUUCUACAUCGAAAGUUUGUGUCCAAUUGGCUCUAUGUAAUAGUGUUGAUGUGAAUUAAUUUAAGUGUUUUAGUAUUAUCAAACCGUAGCAUUGAAGCUCAAGUGAAAGUGGAUCCCCGCGUGAAAGCAGAUAAUUGACAGAUCUUGACGAGUGGUUGUCGAAUUCAGAGAGGCGUCUUUAAGUCCAUCAACAAGCGCGCGGUACAAAAUCGGCCUCAACAGCCAUAACAGACUUGUCUACAAAUCGGACUUCACAACAGGAAACUUAUUUGGUGUGAUUAUGCGAUAUUAUCAGCGUAAUUAAGGAUAUAAUUAACUUAAAAGGAUAAUACACAUCCACCGGGCAAGAAAUUCCGCAUCAUUCGGCCAGCCAUCUCUGCGGGUGCAUGUCGGGCAGCUAAGGAAAAAGAGAACGUCGUCGAUCACGCUUCCAGCAACCGAAAGAGGCUAUUUGUUGCUUGUGCUUGUGUGACGACGUCGCUUGGGCAUCGAAAAAUCGUCACCAACUGUCUCGCCUGCAAGUGCAAGAAGGUGUGUGCAAGUGCAGUGAAAGAGGCGGCAAACAGUGCUUCUUAAUGUGUGUGAUUAGGUGUGUGGUUGUGUCGUGUCUCGGAAAGCAAUUGCGUGGUGACGUAAAGUGUAAAGUGUGAAAUUGUGCAAAAGAAAUAAAGUUAUAUUUGCAAACGUCUGGUCGUUCAUUGUGGUGUCGGAAGCGCGACAAGUGAAGGUGUUGGUGAAAUUGGUGUCUAUUUUUGUGUGAAACUGUGGCAAAACGUCCAUGUGCAAUGUUGGUGUAAUAUGUGUACACAGAUCGGCUGUUGAAAAAUAGUUUAACAAGCAAACCCAUUAAAAAGAUCGAUUAAAACUAGCUCUAAAUGCUUAACGUAUUUUACCCACUGACGCUGAACGAUAGUUAAAUGCUCGUCUGGUUCAUUCGAGCAAACAUUCUCACGUUCCAAUACAAACGACAGAUUUCCGAUUGCUACUCGUAGGUGAAAACUGCAGAAACGUAGAAGAGUGGCCAAUUCAAUGUGUUGUGAAUCAAGAAUAAAACCUGUGCAAAUGAGUGUAAAAACCUCGAACCGAAAUCUCUAACUACAACUGUUUGUGUGUCUGUACUGUGGUGUCGAAUCAAGUGCAUCAACUGCUUCUUCCGAUAAGUGAACGAAAACAGUGCAAAGAAGAAAAAACAGAAAAGUGAAAAGCGUAAAUCUGCUUCCCAUUCGACGGGAAAAUCCUCGUGUGUCCGUGUGUCCGUGUAGUUCUUCUUUUUUACCUUACCCACCCACCCGUGUGCGUGUGCGUUGUCGCGGCCGUCCAACACGCCGUUACGACAAACGCGUCAGCCAAAAUCCGUCAAGCUGGCCGCCUCAAUAGCAAUGAAUCCCCACUACCAUCCGUACUCGGAUCUGUCCUCGCCACACUCGCCCAGCCCGGACAAUGCCGGCAGCUACCCGCAGCUAACCCCGCACCAUAAUGGGCACGGUGGGGGUGGCGGCGGCGGUGGUGGUGGCGGUGGCGGUGGCGGUGGUGGCGGCGGUCCAAACUCGAUGGUCAGCCAGAUGGACGGGCAGCAGGGAUUCCAUCAGAUGAACAGCGGCAACGGCGGUGGACCGGUGAAACACUGCGCCGGAUGUGGAGGCAAAAUCACGGAACGCUUCUUUCUGCACGCGCUGGACCGAUAUUGGCACAACUCCUGCUUGAAGUGUUCCUGCUGCGGUGCGAUGCUGGCUGAUAUCGGUUCCAGUUGCUACACGCGCAGCGGCAUGAUACUCUGCAAAGCCGACUACUCCAGGUUAUUCGGUUCCGGUGCUUGUUCCGCCUGCCAUCAAACGAUACCCGCCAACGAGUUCGUGAUGCGAACGACGUCCCACACGACGAUAAACAACAACCUGAACAACGCCGCCAACAACAACAACAAUCAAAACGGAACCGUCAACAACAACAACAACAAUAACAACAACAACAACAACAACGGCCAGUCGGUCCCGCAGCACCACGUGUUCCAUCUCAAGUGCUUCCAGUGCUCGAAGUGCGGCAGCCAUCUGGUGCAGGGCGACCGGUACUACAUGCUGGGCGGCAGCCUGGUGUGCGAGCCGGACUGGCACAAGCUGGUGAAGACGACCAACAGCCAAACGAACCCGCCGCUGCGCAAGGGCAAGGUCGGAAGGCCCCGGCGCUCCCGCGACUGA